AUGGUUGGUAUCUGGAUUCUGUUUAUGUUUGGGAAUUUUGUUUCAUGUGUGGAACAAAUGAAAAUGAUGUUCAAUAAUAAUAGUGUUUUAACACAUCUUAAAACAUCGGAUGAUCCAUUAAUCGAUAUCAAUACUGGUAUAGUUUUAAUUCCCGUUGGAACAUACAUUCAUCGGGAUGAGUAUCAACCAGUAGUCUCAUUUAUGCCUAUUAAUGAUGAAGAAUGUUUAUUAUUAAUUUCGACCUACAAGAAUUCUAAAAUUUGUUUAAUAAACAACAAAACACGGCGCAAACGAAUUAUUGAUUUAGCUAAAUGGAUUUAUUCAACAUUUAGAAAAGGUGAGCGUUUAAUUUAUGGUAAUGGAAAUGCUAAACAAAUUAAUUUGAUUGCGCAACAAGCUCGUGCGAAUCAAAUAUCAUCGGUAAACAACAGUGGCCAAAUAUUUGUGAUUAGCGAUCAAAAUGUUGAAUUGGCUCAUGUGGUCGAAACAGUGGUUACAGAAUUAACACAAGUGGAAGAUGAAAUGAAAUCGGGAACUCUGAACGGUCAAGCUCGCUCAUUGAUUACACGUAUUCUUUACAACAUGCAACGUCUUCAUUCUAAUAUCUUAGUUAAAUCGGUUACCGAUAUUGAAAAUAAUGAACAUAAUGUUGAUUUUUUGACAUCGGAACAAAAACUUGUGUUAUAUCAGCAAUUAUUUUCUAAAAAUCCAUCAAUUACUAGUCUAAAUAUGUCAAUGGCCUCAUUACUUAAACAUUUGAUUUACGAACAAAACAUUGAUUUCGUGCAACAAAAUGUAUCAAAUCAAAAAAAUGAAACUGAACCAGCAAUUAUUGUUCAACUACGUAUUAGUACAACCUUCGCAUUACCAACAAACAUAGAUAAUAACGCAUUUCAUGUUUUUGAGGUACACUGUCUUCCAUUUUUUGUACAAAACGUUGGACAUGAAACAACUGAAGUACCAAUGUUUAUUGGAAUUAAUGUCAAAACAAAUAAGUUUAUAGAAUUGUACAAAGAGGAUAUGAAGAUGUUUCUAUGUUCGCGGACCAAUGGGUUAUUGUUAUGUAGACAUCGAUUAGGAAUAAUGGAUAAUGUAAACAAUUUAUGCUUAAGAAGUUUGUUUAAAUCUAACGUUACAUACGACAAUCAUGAACAUUGUUCAUCUAGGCAGUUACUGAAAGACACAUUUCGUGUAUAUAAACUAUCCAUGAACACAUUUAUUUUUGGAAUUAAUCGAAAAAUAUCGUGCACAAUAACAAAUUCGACGUCUAAAUAUAUAAUACAAAUUGAACCAUUGUCGUUGAUAACAAUACCAUGUGAAAAUCACUUACGUUGUGAUAAUUAUGUUUUAGAAUCAGAAGAUAUAUCGUGCAGCUCAAGUGGUAGUAAUAACGUCUAUGUACUUUCAAACGGCACUGUAAUAACACAUGAUAUUCAACAAGGAAACCUAUCUAUAUAUAAAACAAGAAAUUAUACAAAAUUAGAUAUAAAACGUCUUCACAAAUUAGUGAUGGAAAUGGCCGAUACAAGAGAGAAAGCUAAACAAAUUUAUGACAUUGCUCGAAAGGUAUCGGUGUUCAAUCUUAAGAUGAAUACAGAAACAGCUAUUACAGCGAGUUUUAUUAGUCAAAUGGUGGUGUUUUUAGUUUCAGUAAUUGGCAUAAUAAUACUUGUGAAAAAAACGCUCUUAUGUGUGCCCAGUAUUGUUUGA